GAGGGUUUUUUACUUUUACUUGGAGUUGCACUUGCAGUCCAACAAUUCCAUUGUAGAUCCCACCCACCCCUACCCAUGGCCAUGAGGAGUAUGAUGAACACGUUCGUUCAGAGUCAUGAGUAUUCAGUAUUCAGUAUUCAGAAAUAGUAUCACACAAUUUCACAAGCCCCAACAAUAAACAAUAAACCUUUCUCUUUCUCUCCUUUACUCCCAAGUCAUCCACCCACCAAGCAAGCAUAAGAAUUAAGAAUGCCAAAGAGCAAUGGCGAUUCUAUGAAGCCACCAUUGAAGAGGACCAAGACACUUCAACCCUCUGCAGCACCUCCAAUUAAUGCCGAUUUCUCAGACGAGCAAUGGAACUACCCUUCUUUCCUUGGCACAGCCACCAAGACCAGAAGAAGAAGACCCUCCUCCUCAUCCCUCAACACCACCCACAACCUCCUUCCUCAUCCUCUACGCUUGGAUGCAAACCCUCCUCACUCCGACCACAACCUUCCCAAAACCUCCUCACUUAUUCCUCCUUCUCCUCCUCAUACUCCUCCCCCUUCCUACAUCACCGGACCACAACACUAUAAGCGCUCUCCCAUCUUGUACCUGCUCGUUAUCACUUGUAUUAUUUUUGUACCUCAUUCCGCUCUUCUACAAUAUAGGCUUGCAAAACUGGAGGAUGAGAAACUUCACCUGUGUUGUGAAAUUGAUUUUUGUUCCGGUAAUGGAAGAAAAUCUUUAGAGAAAGAUGAUGGCUCAUUUUCUUACGUCCUGAAUGCAGACAGUAGAACAGUUUCUUUGUAUAUUGUGAUGUUCACGCUCAUUUUGCCUUUUGUGUUGUACAAAUAUAUUGACUACCUUCCUCAAAUAAUGAAUUUCUUGAGGAGAACGGACAAUAACAAGGAAGAUGUACCAUUAAAGAAGAGAGUUGCUUAUAUGGUAGAUGUAUUUUUCUCCAUACAUCCUUAUGCAAAGCUGCUUGCCCUUCUCUUUGCAACUCUAUUUCUUAUAGGAUUUGGUGGUUUAGCAUUGUAUGCGGUGACUGGUGGUAGCUUUGCUGAAGCCCUUUGGCAUUCUUGGACUUAUGUUGCUGACUCGGGAAAUCAUGCUGAAACAGAAGGAACCGGGCAGAGGAUUGUCUCUGUCUCGAUCAGUUCUGGUGGCAUGCUGAUAUUUGCUAUGAUGCUUGGGCUUGUUUCAGAUGCUAUAUCAGAGAAGGUGGAUUCACUCAGAAAAGGGAAGAGUGAAGUGAUUGAAAGAAACCACAUACUCAUUCUUGGGUGGAGUGAUAAAUUGGGUUCACUUUUGAAGCAGCUAGCAAUAGCAAAUAAGAGUGUUGGUGGAGGUGUUAUUGUGGUGCUUGCAGAAAAAGAAAAGGAGGAAAUGGAAAUGGAUAUAGCAAAGCUGGAAUUUGAUUUCAUGGGGACGUCUGUAAUUUGUAGAAGUGGCAGUCCUCUUAUACUGGCUGACCUAAAGAAGGUUUCAGUUUCAAAGGCACGUGCAAUCAUUGUAUUAGCUUCAGAUGAAAAUGCAGAUCAGAGUGAUGCUCGUGCUUUGAGAGUUGUACUUAGCCUCACAGGUGUAAAGGAGGGUUUAAGGGGGCAUGUUGUUGUCGAGAUGAGUGACCUUGACAAUGAACCCCUAGUGAAACUUGUUGGCGGAGAACUCAUUGAAACAGUUGUUGCACAUGAUGUAAUUGGACGUUUGAUGAUUCAGUGUGCUCUGCAGCCUGGCCUUGCACAGAUAUGGGAGGAUAUUCUGGGAUUUGAGAAUGCUGAAUUUUACAUCAAAAAAUGGCCUGAACUGAAUGGUCUGUGUUUCAAAGACUUAUUAAUUUCAUUUCCUGAUGCGAUACCCUGUGGAAUUAAGGUUGCUGCAGAUAAGGGGAAGAUUAUCAUAAAUCCAGAUGAUAGUUAUGUCCUCAGAGAUGGGGAUGAAGUCCUUGUCAUAGCUGAGGAUGAUGACACUUAUGCUCCAGGUCCUCUUCCAGAGGUACAGAAGGGCUUUUACCCCAGGAUCUCUGAUCCACCUAAAUACCCAGAGAAGAUAUUAUUUUGUGGCUGGCGCCGUGAUAUUGAUGAUAUGAUCAUGGUUUUAGAAGCAUUGUUGGCUCAUGGUUCAGAACUUUGGAUGUUCAAUGAGGUUCCUGAAAUCGAAAGAGAGAAGAAGCUUGUUGAUGGUGGGCUUGAAAUCCUAGAGAACAUAAAGCUUGUCCACAGGGAGGGAAAUGCUGUCAUUAGGCGGCACUUGGAGAGUCUUCCAUUGGAGACUUUUGAUUCUAUCCUUAUUCUUGCAGAUGAGUCAGUGGAGGACUCUGUUGCUCAUUCCGACUCAAGAUCUCUAGCUACCCUUCUGCUGAUUCGUGAUAUACAGUCGAAACGUCUACCAUACAAAGACACAAAGUCAGCUUCUCUGAGGUUAUCUGGGUUCUCUCACAGCUCUUGGAUCCGUGAAAUGCAGCAAGCUUCAGAUAAAUCAAUUAUAAUUAGUGAAAUUUUGGAUUCUAGGACUAGAAAUCUAGUGUCUGUGUCCAGAAUCAGUGAUUAUGUGUUAUCUAAUGAGCUGGUUAGCAUGGCACUAGCUAUGGUGGCUGAAGACAAGCAAAUCAACCGUGUUCUUGAGGAAUUAUUUGCGGAGGAGGGGAACGAGAUGUGUAUUAAACCAGCAGAGUUCUAUUUAUUUGACCAGCAAGAACUGUGUUUUUAUGAUAUAAUGAUUAGGGGUCGUGCAAGGAAGGAGAUUGUUAUAGGCUAUCGCCUGGCUAGCCAAGAACGCGCUGUUAUCAACCCUUCAGAAAAGUCAGUGCCAAGAAAAUGGUCCCUUGAUGAUGUUUUUGUCGUUAUUGCCUCAGGCGAUUGACAAGGGAAUUCUACCAUUCUUGUUCCUUAUGUCUUGAUGAUCCAUGCUUACACUGCACCCUUAUGAAUAUGAUUUCAUGGCCCUCCCUUUCCCCUUUACCGUCUCAAACUUGCCAAAGGGGUACUAGUUCGUAGCAGCUGGGAAUUUGGAGACUCCUAAAAUUUGAAAGGAACUGAGAUUUUGCCCGUUCAAAGAUUCUUGAAGAUAUUGGUUAAUCUCCUGUGAUUUAAUGUGGAAUAUUAAAUAUUUGUUACGUUCUGCAACUUGUAAAAUUAUUUUUCUUAUUAUAGAGACGUUAGGUGACCGGGGAGGAGUUCAAGUUGUGGAGGAUAACUCUUUAACAUAUAUGUAGAAACUAUAACUCACUGUUCAAUGAGAAAGAUUUUGCUGUAAUUGGAG